AGGUGCCUCCCCUCUCUAGCAGGCUCAAGCCCGGGUUUAUAGCUGCUUACACUCCCUUUGGUUUUGGUACAGCCUUUUCCACACUCGCGGCUUCUCUUUUUUUCCACGCCGGUCAAGAUGGCGGCGGUAUCGCCGAGAUGGAGCAGCCGCUCGGCGUGAGCAGUUUUUAUAGAAAUUAGCCGUAAUAUCCGAUUUAAAUCUGAGUAAACAAGACAGUGUACAUUUUUUAAAUUACGCAUGGGCUUCCCGUAACUUUCGAACUUUCGGAUUUCGUCGAGUGUUGGGAUAUUUUCUGUCAAAAUGUUCAAAUUCUAGACAGUUUACUCUCUCGUCCACUGCACUAAGCACGCUAACGCCGCCGAGAGUAGAAUGGGAGAGAAGCUGGAGCUGAAGCUGAAGUCGCCGGCCGGAGCCGAAGCUGCGGGAUACCCGUGGCCGCUGCCAGUAUACGAUAAACAUCAUGAUGCUGCACAUGAAAUCAUUGAAACCAUUCGAUGGGUGUGUGAGGAGAUACCAGACCUUAAACUGGCCAUGGAGAACUACGUGCUCAUCGACUAUGACACCAAGAGUUUUGAGAGUAUGCAGAGACUAUGUGACAAGUACAACAGAGCCAUUGACAGCAUUCACCAGCUGUGGAAAGGGACCACUCAGCCCAUGAAGCUGAAUAAGAGGCCUUCCAAUGGCUUGCUGCGCCACAUCCUGCAGCAGGUCUACAACCACUCUGUCACUGAUCCAGAGAAGCUCAACAACUACGAGCCCUUUUCCCCAGAGGUGUACGGAGAGACCUCUUUUGACUUGGUGGCUCAGAUCAUAGAUGAAAUUGAGAUGAUGGAAGAUGACACCUUUGUGGACCUGGGCAGUGGUGUUGGUCAAGUAGUCUUGCAAGUUGCUGCAGCCACUAACUGUAAGCACUACUAUGGUGUUGAGAAGGCUGAAAUUCCAGCUACGUAUGCAGAGGCAAUGGACCGAGAAUUCAAGAGGUGGAUGAAGUGGUAUGGGAAAAAACAUGGGGAGUAUACGCUGGAGAGAGGAGAUUUCCUUUCUGAAGAUUGGAAGGAAAGGAUAGCCAACACAAGUGUUAUUUUUGUGAAUAACUUUGCCUUUGGUCCAGAAGUAGAUCACCAGCUGAAGGAAAGAUUUGCCAACAUGAAGGAAGGUGGAAAAAUUGUAUCUUCAAAACCUUUUGCACCUCUCAAUUUUAGAAUAAAUAGUCGAAACUUGAGUGAUAUUGCCACGAUAAUGCGUGUUGUUGAACUGUCUCCAUUGAGAGGCUCAGUGUCAUGGACUGGGAAGCCAGUUUCCUACUAUCUGCAUACAAUAGACCGUACGAUACUUGAAAACUAUUUUUCUAGUCUCAAAAAUCCUAAACUCAGGGAGGAGCAGGAGGCAGCAAGACGGCGUCAGCAGAAGGACACCAAGGAGAAUAAAAGCAACACCACCACUCCGACCAAGCCGAAGGAGCAGAGGGACUCCGGUGGUGAGGAAGAGAGUUCAGGUCCGUUGGUACCUGUGAAGCCGUCUCCUAAACCCCGUCGUGCCAAGCUACUGGCCAAGGGCCGCAAGCUGGGCAACAAGAAACGUGGCCGACCUAAGAAGGCAUCAGCAGCGGCAGCAGCGGCUGCUGAACGCAAGACCAAGAAAAGCCAGAGUGCUUUGGAACUGCUACAUGCCAAGACCCUCUCAGCAGCCCCUCCUCAGGACGGAUACCGGUCACCUCAAAGCCCCUUCUACCAGCUACCUCCCAAAGUGCAGCAUUACACUGCGAGCCAGCUCCUACUUGGUUCCGUGCCGACAGGCCUGCAGACUCUGCUUGAUAACAUCAAAGUCCAGUACCUGCAGUUUAUGGCUUACAUGAAGACACCACAGUACCGCACAAAUCUACAGCAAGCUCUGGAGCAAGAGAGGCUCAGACACACUGAAUUGUCAGGUCAAGCCCAGCAACUGAUGAAUGCUUGCCAUGCUCACAAAGAGAGGAUCAAAGACCUUUUCCAGUCCAAACUGGAGGAGCUGGGAGUGAAGGCGGUGACUGUGGAGGACCUGGUGCAGGCUCAGAAAGAGAUCACAGCCCACAACAUGCAGCUGAGGGAGCAGACCAAGCAACUGGAGAGGGACAUGGCUGAGUUAAAGGACCAAAGCCUGAUGUUGCUGAAGGCUCGCUGUGAGGAGUUGAAGUUGGAUUGGGGCUCUUUGUGUCUGGAGACUCUGUUGAAAGAGAAAGCAGCCCUUCGCAGGCAGAUUUCUGAGAAACAGCGCCACUGUCUGGAGCUUCAGAUCAGCAUUGUGGAGCUGGAGAAGAGCCAGAGACAGCAGGAGUUGCUGCAGCUCAAAUCCUCUUACAGCCCCUGUGAGGACUCGCCCUACCGCAAGAGCCUUCCAAGUCUGGAGCCGCGCCCCCCUCUGGACACCGAUACCCCAAAACUUGCUGGCCUCAACGGCCUCAGCCCUGAGCUGUCAAUUAACGGCACAGCCUCUCCCAGCUACGAGCGGGGCAGCGGCGGCGGCAAGAAUGAGCUCCUGUCCCGCUACCUGCCCAUCUCCCCUGACCACGAGAUUGUGCCACCCACCCCGGACUCCCGGGGAAGACAGGUGGGGCAGCCGCUGCCUGACUACACUCGUUUUUCUCCAGCCAAGAUCGCCCUGCGUAGGCACCUGAACCAGGACCCAUCCACAGGCCAGUUCAGAUCACUUGGGUCCAUCCACAGGGGUGAUGUUGGUGCUGUUUCAUCUCCUACCUUAAGUCUAAAACAGGGUUGCCACUCCCCCAGUGCAUCUGAUAAUCAACAAAUAACUACACCUAAGAGUGCAGAGAGGAUGAGUAAGGAGAAGAGUCCAGCAGGUCCAGGUGACAAUAUCACAAGUCUCCCAAUAAGCAUUCCUCUCAGCACUGUGCACCCCAACAAGCUUCCUGUCAGCAUCCCCUUGGCCAGUGUAGUGCUGCCAAGUCGAGCUGAGAGACUGAGAAACACUCCCAGUCCUGUGUCCAGUAGAGAGCAGUCAGCAGGGCAUAGCAACAGCAAACAGCCUCUGACACCUAACUCAGGGUACUCCUCCCAUUCAGGGUUGGUGAAUGGUUCACACUCUGCCAUGUUGACAGGCGAUCAGGACUGUGACGCCCUAUCCCCACUACCCCACAGUACCCCUCUGCUAGGCCCCCAGUCCCGUGGUCCUGGUCUCAGCCCUCCCCUGGGCACUGGAGGAGUCCUGCAGUAUGCAGACAGGCCCCCCCGCCUUCCUCUUGAGGAGGGCCCUGAGCGCCAGGGUCCCGAAUCAGACACUGAGCUUCUGGACAGUGAGGCCCGCCGCCGCAUCUUCUUUUCUUCCUCCUCUUCCUCCUCCUCUUCCUCCUCCUCCUCUGCUGGAGGCUCCCGUCUGCACCAUGGAUCUUCCAAGCCGCACCACCAAGGCAGCCACCAUCAUCACCACCACCACCAUCACCACCACCACUCUCCAGGCUCCCAUGGUCAGGAGGGCCGCAAGAGAGGACGUCGGAAGCGCAGCUCCUCUGGGGUCCCUCCAGCAAGUGGCUCUCCCAAGAGGAGGUCGUUUCCUAGCCUGGGUGGUGCCCCUCACACUUCUGGUUCCCCCCUAAAUAUCAACACCAUGGUGAACAACAUUAAUCAACCCCUGGAGAUUGCAGCCAUCUCGUCUCCAGAGAAUUCGGGCCGCAGCCCACGUGAAGCAGACCUGGAUCAACCACCGAUCCUGAAGAGAGAGCGCCCCCUGGAGCUCAAUGGCUCUAGCCGUUACUCUUCCACCCCCAGCUCAGAGGACGAGGAUGCUGGCUACCCUGCAGACAGCAGCUCCUCACGAAUUGAAAGGAAAAUCGCAACAAUUUCCCUCGAGAGCCGAGAUGGUGAUAGGGGUUCUCAGGGCCGUAAAUCUGGUGCCAGCAGUGUGAGCAGCGAGGUCUCGUCCUCUUCCAGCAAAUGGAAGUCCACCUUCUCACCUAUCUCAGACCCCAAACCUACUCCACCUGACCUCCGGCAAGGAGGCUCUCCUUUUGGCAUGUCCCGUGGCACUGGAGGAGGAACGGAUUCUGACUCAGACCAGAAGCAGCAGAGGAGGGCAGAGCGGGAGCGGAGUGAGCCUUAUGGGAACCCCAAGGCGUUCCUGGGCUCGGAAGCAGGUGGUCGCUCAACAGCGCUAUCUGAGAGGCAGCAGCAGAAGCAGAAACCCCGGGAGUGGGAGCUGAAGGCCGUAAGCGGAUUGGCCAGCCAGAACCUCUUCAUCUCUGCUGCGACCAGUGGUGGCAUCCUGAGUGGAAAAGUGGGUGGAGCCAACACAGUUUCAUCUGCCUCCUCUGUGGGACAGUACUUCCCUCUGGGUGGAGCCUCAGUCUUGCAGUCCUUGUUCGGAGCACAGACUUCCAGCCCAGCCACCAGCGGAGCUACACGAUUGGUCAAUGGCCACUCGGCGCUGGGUAGCUUUUCCAGUGCCGGACUAGCAGGGGGUGCUGCAGGUGGGAUUUUUCACCACAUGGUGCCUUCUUCAGUCUCCUCUCAGCAGUCUGGGGCCACGCUGGUCAGCCCUGGGGCACUCGGCUCUCUGCUCAGUCUCUCUUCCUCCCAGCAGAGGCAUCCGGAUGCCAAAUCCUCAGGAGCACCCUCGUUCCUGGCCUCAGGCUCCUCAGUCUUCCCCCCUCCGCAGACGCAGCAUGGCCGCACGCAGACCGUCCUGCACGCUCCUUCCCCUCCUACGCUCUCGCUUCCUCCACCUCCCCCCCUGCUCAAUGUAUCUGCCUCGUCCUCCGCCCCUCCCCAGCCCUCCCCGCCACGUUCGGAGAGACAGCAGUCUGCCUCUCUCCAGACGCUGCGAGCUGUCCCUUCCGCCUCCUCCAAUUCAGGCAUCUCCCCUGCUUCUGCCGCUUGUGCCACAGCCACUUCCACUGCCUCCUCCCUCUCCUCCACCUCCUCGCGGCCCUUCACCGUCCACUACCAGCCUCACCUGCUCCCUCCAGCUACACCCAGCAGCAGUAGUAGUGGAGGUAGCAGUAGUGGAGGUGGAGGUGUGACUUCCUGGAGGACUCUGGGUAUGCAGGCGUCCUACGCCGCCUCGCAGGUCCCCAGUGCUCGCCCCAGAUAGGAGCCGGCAUGAGCUGGGGAUGGGGGGGAGGGCAAGGGGAGAAGCGUAGGGAUAUUUAUAGAAGGGAAGCUGCUGCGUUGUAUCUCUCCCAGCUGAUGUCUCUGGCUGAACAAGGUAACUGACGCAAUCUACCUCAACCCAACACAACCUAUGCAAUGGACAGGUGUGGACCAAUGGGCUCCUCUCCCUCACUGGUGCUCCGAUGUUUGCUAAAGCCGCUGCGCUAAAACCGGCAUUGAUUUCAGAACUCAACAAAGGUGCAGCUGAACUUGUACACACAAAUACAGACAUAUACACAGAUGCAGGCCCACUCACAGCAUCAUGCUCCGGUCUGGUGAGAGUUGAAAAGGGAGGCACAUAGACAAAAUGUUAACAUUCAUAAUUGUAUGUUUUACUCAUGGCUUGGUGGAUGGUUCAUUUUAAACAUCAUCAAUGGAGGUUUUUAUGCACAAUUAGAGAUGCUACGGAUUUGAAGUGAUUGUCCAAAUCAAAUUUAUGAAAUUAAUGGUUUUUUCUCAGAAGUUUUAUUUUCUUUUCUUUCUUUUUUUUUUUUUUUAUAUUAUGAAUUCCAUUAAAACAACAUCAGCUGAGCCAAGACGUUGUAUAAAUUGUCAUUCCUGAAUGCUCACUCUUUGCUGUAGAGGGUGGUUCAGCAAUGUGUUUGGUUGCAAGUCCUGUCCUCAUGGUUGUGUGCCUCCCUGGUGCUGGAACCUGCUGUAAAAUCUAGAAUUUUCACCCCAUCUGCUGCACACUCGGAUAAUUCUAGAACCUUCUUAAGAGACAAAUGAGGCGAGAUAAAACUUUACUUGAAAAAAUGAAAAAUUGCAGUUCUUUAUUUUGAGAGUCCUGAAUUAUUUUGAAUUCGAAGUCCUUUAAAAUGCAGCCAUUUGGUUGAUAAAGUACUGUGCUACAGUUUUAGGCACCUGGGAAAAUAAGAUUUAAAAAGCUAUUUAACUGGGCAGUGAGUGUUGAUUUACUCAGAGAACACUAAUAUUACAAUAAAUACAAACAGUAUUAAUACAGAUAUUAACAGUUCCAAACCUCCUCUUGUGACACCCCAUUGUUGAUCAUAGCCAACAUUUAAAUACCUGGUUUGGAAAAUCAGUGCUUCAUGAACUACAGUGAGGUGUGCUGAUGAAAGUUAACAAAACUCUGCAAUGGCUGGGGGGGGCAACAACAAUCUGAACACAACCCGAGUUCUGAUACAGAAAUAAAGUCUUACUUUAUACUGUAUUAAUGUUUGCAUUUAUUUUAAUGUUAUAUGGAGUUUUAAAACAGUCAGAUAAAUGGUUACAGUUUGUGUAGGUGCCUAAGACUUUUACACCGUACUGUAUUCCCCUGCAUUUACACUGGAGAGCAGACCUGUGGAGCUGUUCAUUACAUACAACUGGUAUGAUUGUGAAGGAAAUUUUAGUUUUUUUGUGCUUUUAAAAAGCAAAAUGACCAUUUUAAACAAAUUUUUAUUUGGGGGGGGGGGGGGGGGGGGGGGGGUGAGUAGAUUUGGUGUCUGAAAACUGUUAAGUCCCCUACCUUGAUACCUCCACCACACGCACUUGCUAAAGCACAACCUACCAGGAGUGAACACUGAAAGCCUGUGCGCAGACGCAUGAAGUGAGAGGAGCUAGUUAAUCAGGUUGGUUAUCGUAACUGACGAAGCUGUUUUAAAAUCACUACAUUUACCCCAGCUCAGCGUGAGGCUUGCUUUUUGCUCUUUUCUUUAAAUAUAUAACAAGCCGUAUGUUGCAACUGAAAUCUUCGUUAUUCCCUCCUCAAUUACUGCUGAUAUCCUUAAAAGAUACAUUCGCAUGUAAAGCUCAGUGUUGUAUAUGGUACAAUAUAUUCAGGUGAUUUAUCCGAGACAAAUAAAGAUUUGUGGUGCUGAAACACCUUUUUCUCAGAAAGGUUUCACAGAGAACUAGUAUCUACGUAGUUCUUGUAUCAUCCACUCUGGUAAUGUUUUGGUGCUCUCUGCAAGUAGAAACAACUCUCAUAAACAGAUUUGAAGAGAAAAAUCACACACUGGGGAAAUACAGCAUCAAACAAACUACUGGGCAACUUUCACCUUAUUUUCCAUUAUUCCUGUUGUUUUUGAUAGCUUGUUUUGUACUGUGAAUGGGAGUCACUCUCAGACUGUAUAAUUGUAUAUAAUUUAGAUUAUUUAUCAUUUGUUUCAUUUAUUGUAUUUUGUUUUGUUCAAUUUGUGUGUGUGUGUGUGGGUGUGUGCGUGUGUAACAGUAGAGCACAAUAUGUGCAAAGUGUGUGUACUUGACUCACAGUCUCUCAAAAAAAAAAACAUGGUGCUACAAUCUGUACAACUCUGGACUGUGCCUAUUUAUAUUACGAACAUCAGAUUAAAAGAUGGAUUCUGGGUGCUUUUGUUAACAGGGACUUUUUCUUGCUGUUUUGUGGCUUUUCAGAUAUUUAUAAUAGCAUUUAGCACCGAGUGUGUUGAAGCAUGUUUCAGUAGUGCUAUCGACAAUGGCUGAUUAUACAUAUAUUUAAAACACCUUUUGCUCUUAGGAACCGAAGACGAUUUAGACCGUGGCGCCACGCUUUUUCACCAGAACGGCUUGUGAUACUACGGCAAUAACUGAUGCGGGGUGGGGGUGGGGGAGGUGGGAAUAAUCAUCAAACGGUAGGGGUUCUGCCUCCACUGGUGCUGACAUUUAGCAGCAAGUGCUAGCAGCCUUUAGGCAGGGUGCGACUUACUUUUCUUAAACCUAUUAUGAUUUGACUCAGUUUGGCUGGUGCUAAUGUGCCUGUAUGGCAUUCUUUCUUGAACAUGUCUUUUUAGUUAGCUGUUGGGGAAAAAAAGCUGCAAUUCUGUGCUUGAGACCAUUGCCUCCUUUUCUGGGUGUAGUCGUGUCACCUGGAAUCUAUCCAAAUGUUUCACAUAAUACACCUUAGUGUGAAACCGGUGCUGCUUAGACCAUAGGAGACAAAAGUUCUUUUCUCGACGCUGAGCCGAGGGUGCUUUUGUAAACUGCUCUACCAUUCCAGAUUUUUAAGCCUGGUAUGUGGAAAUUUUGAUGAAGUAUAAGUUGCUCUGGCUUGUAGAGACCAGUAUUCAGCGAAAAGAGGUUGGAAAAACAGCGGUAGCCUAGUUAAUGGUCAGGCAAGUGCAGGUUUAUUUCUCAUUGUUUUGUGUGAUUGUUUUGUUUUGUUUUUUUGCUUUUUUUUUUUUUUUUUUUGUGCGUGUGUGAUCAAGGAGAAAUCGGCCUCCCUUAAGCUUUAUGUUAACAAGGCUGAUAAAUAGACUACAAUGUGUUAGAAAUGUGUUCUGAUCGUUCUGUGAAGUGGAGGCUAUUUUUUACUAUGUAUGAUCAUGACCAGAGAAGAAAGUCCAUUGUUAACAUUGUUACCAGCACUGAAAAGGUCUGUCUAUAUAUACAUAUACAUAUAUAUAAAUAUUAUAAAUAUAUAAUAUUGUCUUUGUUAAUGUUAUCUGUUUUCAAUUUGCCUGUUUGUGUUUGAUAUUUUUGCGACUGUUUUAUUGAUGAUGCUUUUAUUAAGACUUAAGAUCCAGAUGGUUUUAAUACACUUUAGACCAGUAACAAAAGGUGCUCUCCUACACUUUAAACAAGGAUAAUGCAGCUACGAACUUAUCUACACUUUACACAGUGUGCUCAAGAGGGGUGAGAUCUUUAAAAAAAAUAAAUAAAUAAACAAAAAAAUAAAUAAAAAAACCUCCAGUACAAGCGCAGCUUGUUCGGCUUUCUGUGACGUCUGAAUUGAUCUUAUUCGUUUAUAGCUUUGUAAGAGUGAAAAAAAAAAAAAAAAUUUAGCUGUGUGGGGGAAAGCAUCCGUUUUAAUAUAUGUGACUAGAAUUCUCGCAGUUAAUUAGGGUAGUGUGUAUUUACUCA